AUGAAUCCAGUCGUCAGGUCUAGAAGGAAGGAAUUUAAGUUCAACAAUGCAGAAGAUCAGCUGAAAGAGGUGACUGAGAAACUGGAACGGCUUGAACAUCUCAGGCUUGCUUGUGCCGACUACUUCUGUGAAGAGCGCUCACAAUUUAAGCUAGAGGAAUGUAUUAAAAUAUUCAAGACUUUUUUCGACAAGUUCAACAAAGCGCGACAGGACAACACGGAAUGGAAGGAGAGACAAGAAAAGCUACAGGAGAAGAAAAGACAGGAGGACUUCUUGAAGAGAAGUAUUCGUCGCUCCGGUUGCCGUCCCGCAGGCGCCUACUCUUCUCAGGCGGGUUCGAGUCUGCCAACUGGUUCGAUGUCGCAAAGCCUCUUCUCGGCGCCGAGCACCGCCAGAACCGCCAACCCGCUCGUCGUCGGCGGCUCCGGCGCUUGCGAGCCGGCCGAUGCGAGGACUUGGCUAAGUGGUCCGGCCCCCCAGUUGCCUGCCAACAGUCUGUUGGCGCGUCGGUUGCGCCAGCUCUGUCGCGGCGGUUGCAGCACGGGACUCGAGCUGGACGAGCUGGAGAGUGACGAGGAGACGGAGGCCGGUCUGCUGGCCACUUUGGCCGGGACCGGCGGUGGCCGGUCGCGCCACUUGCUGGCCGGCUGCGUCGAGGCCAGCGAGCCGCGAGAGCCUCGUGCCGGCUGGCCGGGGGUACAGUUGACGCCGGUGCGGCACGGACAGAGUCUGCGUGUCGCGUCGACCGGCAGACGAGCUGUCGACUGGCGAGGCGACUGCCGACGCGAAGUGACGGACGCGACGAACCGGCCGCAGGAGGAGGCUGGCGAGACUCGAACUGGUCGCGCCGACGGCGAGGCUGACCGGUCGGAGGAGCUGAACUGUUGGACGGCUUCUCGGCUUGGCCGAGGCCCCGGCAGACGAGCCUCAUUCGUGAUGCAACGCGUCACGCGAUUCAACGCCACCGGCGCUGGCCUCUUCGCCGAGGCCGGAGACUUUGGCGAAUCGGCUGAGGCCAGUUGGGCUCGGACCGACGCGAAAGAGGCGGAGGGAGAUGCAUUUCGCAGAAAAACCAGUCUUUUCUCAGUCGCAAGAGAGCCCGCGUCAAGCAGAGCACAGAAAAUGUAA